AUGUCACUGUCAUCGGAAAAGCGCGAUGAAUAUUCCGGGAUCAUUGACUCAAUCCUUGGCAGGAGUGACCUCAAUACCAUCUCCGAGAAGCGGAUUCGCAAGGGUCUCCAGGACGUCAUUGGCUAUGAUCUCACUCCACAGAAGGCUGAAAUAAAGCAGCUCAUAAUGGAACGAUUCGAUAUCUUCGCGGGCAACAAUGGCGUCGAAUCCCCCGAAGAGAGUACAACGAGCAAUGGCCAUAAACACGCCGAUUCUGCCUCCGCAGUGCCUUCCCCGCCUCCAUCAUCGUCGCCUGUGAAGCGCCAGGCAGAUAGCGAAGAAGCGUCCGAGCCGGCGACUGCCUCGCCGCCCCCCAAAAAGCGAAAGCCCGACACCGAUGUCGACGCCGAUGCCUUGUUCGCAGCCAAAUUGCAAGCGGAGGAGAACUUGCGCGCACGACCCACGAGAGGAGCGAAUACACGUCGUGCCCCUCCAUCCAAGCAGAAGAGCAAGGCCAAGACCGCUAAACGCGUCAAGGCGGAGGAUGACUCGGACAUCGACUCUAGUACAGACACAAAGAAGGAGGUCAAUCGAUCCGGUGGCUUCCAUAAACCACUCAAUCUCUCCGCUCCUCUAUCGGCACUCCUGGGUGGGGAGACUACCCUUUCGCGUCCACAAACUGUAAAAAGGGUGUGGCAGUACAUCCGUGAAAAUGAACUCCAAGAUCCUAGUGAUCGACGCCAAAUCCGUUGUGACAACGCGAUGCGCGCCGUGUUCAAGCAGGACCGGGUCCAUAUGUUCACCAUGACCAAGAUUCUCAAUCAGAAUUUGUACAACCCCGAUGAAUAA